CUUUUGAAACCUCGACCAGUUGUUGUGGAGAUUUAGUCAACGAGGUAUAAUGGCUACUUUCGUAAUACUGUCUAUUCUGUUGAUGCAGUUUGCUGGAAGAUGCUCUUCCUCUGAUCACAUUGAAACAAGAAGCAGGAAGUCACUAUUGGACCUGAACGACAUGCUGUCCACUGUAACAGGCAGGAGUGCUUAUAGUGACUAUAACGGCUACGGCUGUUACUGUGGGAGCGGCGGUCAAGGAACACCAGUUGAUGCGACAGACAGGUGCUGUCAGGCCCAUGAUCGAUGUUACGACCAGUUGACAAAUUGUAGUCCUAAAUGGCAAUCAUACAAAUAUUCAUGUACUGGAAAGAGCUGUACCUGUUCAACCGCCAACAUAGGAUGCGCUAGUCAAAUUUGCAAGUGUGACUUGGUCUUUUCCAACUGCGCCGCCUCGAGCCCGUUUAACGUCCAAUACAAAAACUACAAAGGGAAAUGUUAAAAGUCAGUAUUCGUAAAGAAACAAAACAAGAUGGACUGAGAAAAAUUGGAUUUAGUUUAAAGAAAAUAAAUAAAAUGUAGUGUCUGAAAUCUAGCAUAAAUAAAAGUCUAAACCUCAAA